AUGCGAGAACUCGUCCAGAAAGCCUUGACCCUCGUGUCACUGGCUGCAGCAACAGCCGCCGUCACGCCAAUGUCCGACGCCGACAUGGCACGCCUGUUGAACGCGGGGGGCGUCGAGCUCGCCAUGAGGGCACAGCCCAUGUUUCUCACGGGCCAGGCGGUGGGCAAAGCACCGUGCAUUCCGUCUUGGGCGACAGUCAACGGCACGCAGGCGGCGCCGUCGAAGCUGUGCGCGUGGCCGGACUCUGGAUGCGACUGUCGAAAUCCCGGCGUGCCGCUCGGGAGCCCGCUGCCGUCGUUCCCCGUGUACUUCUCAUAUACGAGGUGCGGGGACGCGGCCGUCAGGGUUGCGUACAACUUGUUUUACACAAAGGACGGGUUUAUCCCCAACAAGAUAUUCGGGCAUCCGUUCGACUGGGAACGAGUCAUCGUGAUAUGGGACAAGAACCAAAGUAAUGGCACGUGGGCGCCCGCGCAGUUAUACCUGUCCCAACAUACGGGAUACCAGAGGAUAGAAUGGGCGCACAUCAAGAACACGUUUGACGCCGCAGAUGCUGGAAAGCCACGGGGCGGCCCUGAUGGAUUGAGAAACUUGGAUCAUCCAAAGUGCUACAUUGCGUCGGCGAAGCACGACAUGCAUCAGGAAAAGUCAACUACGUGGGUUGACGUCUUAUCCCAGCUUACGGACAAUGCGUUCCGUUCUGACAGUUGGUGGUAUUUCCCGACCAAGGGUGAGUCCAGGUCCCUGCGUUCUGUGCUUGGUGGUGGCAGAGCUGACUUCAGCAAAGGAAACUAUAUAUUGGCGGACGAGUCGACUGAUGUCGGCAAGUUGAUAGCGAGCUUUGACUGGGGCGAUGCCGAUUCUACGCCACCUUUGGUUGCGAAGGGGCUGUGUAAUGCUUAG